AUGAGAGGUUCAGGGAUGCAGUGGUCUUUUUCAAACAAGGUUUCUGCCAUUCCUCAAUUCUUGUCAUUCAAGUCUUCUCUGGAAGAUAAACCAAGAAAGGCUGUUCAUGAUCCCUUAGCAUCAUCCUUUGGCUUUAUGUCUAUUUCGACUGUUGAUGCUUUUGAUUCUAACCAGAAAACAUACUCUGGCAUGGUUCAGAAAAAUGUGGCUCUUGAGAAACAAGCUGGAAACCAUUAUCCUAUGACAACCUAUGGUACACAGCAUUUCGAUGCGUAUUCUGUUAAUCGUCCUCAAGAUACGAGGAUGUUCCCAAUCUCCAGCCAACAAAAUCAAACAAUCACAGUUUCAAUGAGCUCCCCCUUUCUGCAGUCCCAUUUUCCUCCCACUGGACACAAUAUGAUCACUAAUCCAAUAGUCUCAAAACCUCUUGGAGGAGUUCCAGUCAUAACCCCUGCUUCUGCUCUUCCCAUUCCGAGUUCGGUCAUCGGCACCACUGAUCUUAGGGAUGGUGCUAAAUCCUCUGGUGCACCUGCUCAGUUGACCAUAUUUUAUGCUGGUUCAGUGUCUGUUUAUGAUGACGUUUCUCCUGAGAAGGCACAGGCCAUUAUGUUUUUAGCUGGAAAUGGUGGGUCUUCUGGAACUCAGAAUAAGCCAAUCUCCCCGCCUCAAGCGGUACAGGCACCAAUUCCUAGACCACCUGUUGGUGAUAUUUUUGCUGGCAACAAAUUCAACACUACAGCUUCAUGCUCAGGCAUCCCAAGCCCUAUUUCUGUGACCUCUAGUAGCACCAUCACAGUUAAUCCAGUAGUAUCUUUAGCACCUCCUGUUAAACAAACAGAGCCCCCCAUGCCAGUUAGUUCAGCAGGACCUACUUCUGCCACUCUGGUUCCAGCAGGGGCUGUACCUCAGGCUCGUAAAGCAUCGUUGGCUCGGUUUCUGGAGAAGCGCAAGGAAAGGGUUAUGCAAACAUCGCCGUAUAAUGUAAGCAAGAAGUCCCCUGAGAGUGGUGCCCAUGCAUGUGAUGGUAUGAAGAAUGCAGAAGAUGCUGAUGAGAAACGCAGUUUCCUAUUUGAUCCCUCAGGAGCUAUUAUCUUCCUACAGGCGAAGUUGGCGACGUACGCCUGCAUGCCUUGA